AUGAGCGAUCCAUGUCUUGAGAACUCUUCCGACAUGUCUGGCCGCAAACUCUUCGACCUCAUAGGCACUGCCGCCGCCGAUGGCUCUGCCGCCCGUCUUGGAAAGUUGACUUUUCCCGGCAAAAGGGUCGUCGAAACACCAAACUUCUUCGCAGUCACAUCUCGCGGGGCAAUUCCCCAUCUCACCCCCGACAACUUCAAGAGACAUACGUCUGUAAGCGGAGUGUACAUGGCGCUGGAAGACUUUAUUGAGAAAAAGGAGCCUCCUAUUCAGCACACACCCAGCGGAGAUGGUUCACGCCGGUUGCAUAGAUUUACAGCCCUGCCGUCAAACACUCUUUCAGUACUUGGUCCACGACGGAAUCCGGCAGUUACAACUCCGUUUGGAAAUACGCCCAAGGCUCUCGCCGUCUUCACUUCAACUGGAUUCCGCAAUGUGACGAUACCUGAGUUUACAUCUUACGUCCAGUCGCUGCAACCCGAUAUCGUGCUGCCAAUGGCCGACUUGCCGCACACCAGCGCGACACCCUCGUCCAAGAAGCUGGUACGAAUGACGGAACGGACAGAAGUGUGGUUGGACGAAUUCCUAGGCAAGCUUGCAUCGUCUAAAUCUACAGAUUCCUUGGAUAGCUCCGUGUUUGCCCCAGUACUUCCAGUCGAGUAUCCCAUCCAGUGGGACUAUCUGAGACAUCUAUCGGAAGAUGUGCUUGAGAAAUUAGAUGGCCUGGCCGUUUACGAUGCAAACCUGCUUCCCGAACUUGUCAACUAUCCUCCGUUGGCACCUCUUCCCAAGUUAUGCAUGGAUCCUCCCAAGACUCCACAAGAGGUCCUGCGUCAGAUUUCCCUUGGCAUCGACAUCUGUACACUGUCGUUUACGAAUAGCACUUCUGAUGCUGGCGUUGCCAUGACAUUCUCUUUCCCACCACCCAAUGUUGAUGAGGUGCGACCUCUCGGAAUCAACAUGUGGUCUCCAGAGCACAGCGCAGCCGUUGUACCCUUGGUAGAGGGCUGCCAAUGCUACGCUUGUUCGAAACACCACAGAGCCUACUUUCACCACCUACUCAAUGCUAAGGAGAUGCUGGGUUGGAACCUCCUACAGAUCCACAACCAUCACGUCGUUGAUGAGUUCUUCGCCGGCGUUCGCGAGUCCCUUGCCAAGGGACAAGCGGUAUUCGAGGAGGAAGCGCGUCGGUUUACUGCUUCAUAUGAGCCUGUGUUUCCUGAAGGCACUGGUGAAAGGCCCCGGGCGAGAGGAUAUCACUUUAAGAGCGAGGCCAGUGCGGAUAAGAUCAACAAACCGUCUUGGAAAGAUUUAGAAAAGGGAGAAGCAUCUGCACAGAUUACGAGUCUUGCUGAGAGCAAUACACCUAGUGAGGAGAGCCAAAAUGCUACGCCGGCGGCGGUGGUUAAUGUAGAAGAGGCUGCAGCAACGUUGAGUAUAAAUUAG